CUUAUGAGUCCGAGAUCCGUUACCGGGUCUGAAGUCUUCAGAGAGAAGCGGGCUCGGUUCUGACACUACCUCCAGUCCCAGGUUUAGGUUUUUAGUUUGGGUUAGUCCGGUUUCAACAGAAGUUUCCUUCCGGUUCUGACCGAACUUUCACAGCCAGGUGCGCGUGGCUCCAUGGAGGCUGUGAGUGAGUGGAGUCCGCAGCAGGUUCUGGAUUGGAUGAGAGGCCUCUCUGUGUUCCAGGUCUGGAUGACAGCCUCCAGCUGUACAUCCCAUCCUUCCAGAACCAGCGGGUUGAUGGAAAACAGCUGCUCAGUAUGUCCCACCAGGACCUGCUGUCUCUGGGUGUGGCGCGAGUCAGACACCAGGAGCUCCUUCUGGAGGCUGUAGACCUGCUCUGUUCUCUGAACCUGGGCCUUGAGUCGGACCUCCUGAGAACUUUGAUGGGAAAGAUGAGAGCAGCUCAUCAGAACCUGAGCAGUGCCGUGACCCAGCACAGGAAGACCCCGACCUAUCAGAACCAGAACUCCCAUCAACCCUCCUAUGAGUUCCUCAGCGCCGUUAUGGACCUGAUCACAGCCGCCAAGAGUUUGUUGUCCUGGUUGGACAGGAGUUCUCCCAUCAGCAGCCAUGACUUCACAUCCACCAAAAGCUCCAUCAUCCAGCUGUGUCUGGAGCUCACCUCCACCGUCCAGAAGGACCUCGCCAUUUUUCAGAUGGAAGAGAAGAUCCUGGAAGUGUCCCAGGCUCUGAAUGGUGUCUGUGAGAAGACUGUCCAGGUGACCUCUGAUCCCUUAGAACAAGAAGCAUCCUGCCUGGAAGAAGUUCACAUCCCCAACAUCAAGCCUGGGGAGGUACUGGGACUCUAUAUCAAGUCCACGUAUGAUGGACUUCAUAUCAUCACAGGAACCACAGACAAUUCUCCUGCAGAGAAAACUCAGAGGAUUCACGCUGGAGAUGAAGUGGUCCAGGUCAACCAGCAGACCGUGGUGGGGUGGCAGCUAAAACACAUGGUGAAUAAGCUACGGGCAGAAUCUGGGAGGAUUGUCUUGUUGUUGAAGAAAAGACCACGUGGAACAUCUGAAUCUGCACCUGCACCUCUCAAAAACCUCCGUUGGAGGCCGCCACUUGUGCAGGUUGGUCCUGGUCAGUUCAGGCCUCCAGAACCCACAGAUGUUUCAGGGAAAAGCAGGAAGACGUGUCCAUAUCUGUCCAUUCCUCGUCCCCCUGCGGCGCCGUGCAUCCCACUACAAAAUGUGUCCUCUGGAGGGAAUUGUUGUCCCAGGUCUCCAAAUUUGCUUGUGGAUGCAGAUGUUCAGCAGCGUGUCUCUGCUACGGAGUCUCUACCUGAUGUCAAACAGGCGGUUCCGGUCCGCUUCAGGCAGCGCUCCUCUGCUCGCUGUGACUGUAAACCCCGACCUGUUUCCAUGCCUGUGGACUCGGUUCUGCGUGUCUCUGAUGUGUUGUCCAGGCGUGGCACUCCAGGUGAAGACGUCCAGCACCGGUACCGGAGUAACGAGCAGAUCAGAACCAUCCCUGAGGAGGAGCCAUGCUUCCCUCUGCCCUACCGAGGACACCCAUCGGCCCGCGGUGUGGACCACAUCAGGGGCAGUCAGUGCUUCAUCAGCGCCAACCUGCACAACAGCGCCACCUUGCUGUUCAAAGAGGCUGUUUCCACGCAGCCUGCUGGUACCAGAACCAGUACCAGUACCAAAACCAGUGCUCCUCGACAGACCAAAUCCUCCACCUCUGUGCUCAGCAGCUGGUUGGCUCGACUCCGGCUGCUCAGCCAAUGAGAACGAAACAUUUUCUGGUCCUGAUCCGGUUUCAUGUGUCUGCAGCAGCUAAACCCGAAACCUGCCGAAUUCAAAGUCACACAAACAACAAGAGAAGAAGAAAGGAUGUUUUUAUAAAGCACCUCUCUAGAUGAGAUCAGGAGGAGCGUCACAAGAACUGUAAAAAUGUAAACAAUGGUUAAAAAAGAUCAAAGUAAAAAAGGAGUCCACUGAUCUCAGACUCAGGGGGAGAGAGGUCCAGAGUCUGGGGGCCACAGCAGCAGAUGAUCUGUCACCUUUGACCUUUAGCCUGGUGCUGCACAACCAGUAGGUUUUGGUCACUGGACCUCAGGGACCUGCUGGGGGUGUAGGGACUAAGGUGAUCACCAAUGUAAGAUGGUGCUUGUCCAUGUAAGGCCCUAUAGACCAGAACCAGGAUUUUGAAAUGAACCCUGAAGUUGACUGGCAGCCAGUGAAGCUGGAGGAGAAGCGGGGUGAUGUGGGUGUGUUUGUAGGACUUGGUCAGAAGCCGAGCACAGACGUUCUGAACCACCUGUAGACGGUUCAGGGAGGUUCUGCUCAGACACGUGAAAAGAGAGUUGCAGUAUGAAGGUGUGGAGAACAGUCUCAAGUUAAGAGCGGGACAGAAUGGGACUCAGCUUAGCAAUGUUCCUGAGAUGGAAGAAGGAAGAGCAAACAAGAGAAUUGACAUGAGAAUCCAGGGUGAUUGCUGGGUCAAAGGUCACACCAAGACUCCUGACAGAGGGUCUGGGGUGAGAAGCAAGCUGACCAAGACAGUCUCUGUGUUACACAGUGAAGUGUAGUGAGGACAAAAGAAACAUGAUGACUUCGUCGAUAGACAAGGAAAACCAGUUUUAUUUCCUCUAGUCCGAAAAAAACAAAAUCAGAAAAAUCCCAGCACUAUUCAAAAUGGCCACCCAUCCAACUCUCUUAGCAGUCUCUGUCACUUUCAGAGAGGAAAAACGACCCUUUGCCACACCCAGCAAUCCACCUAUAUACUCUCCGACCCCCCUCCAAUUCAGGUCAGCCAAUCACAUCAGUCCACUCAGGCAUUUCCUAUAUAAAGGCAGCAUUAGAGGCGGGCUUCCUCUUUAGCUGCUUCAAAAUGGCUGCCACAGAGGACACCUCCUGAGGGUAACAAACAAAUUCACGUUACAUAACAAAUUACAUUCUUGAAUGAACACUCUUUGGUGUAAAGACAUGUUGCUUCUCAACACUCUGACUUUGGGUUAGGGUUACCGUGUGAGUUGGACUAAUUUUAUCUUGAAAGGCAUGUACCAUCAAAACGUUUCCAGACAGUAAAAAACUUUAUUAAUAAACAUAUUUGAUUUUAUUUCUCUUCUUUAUUCAUUUUCUCUACAGCUUCCUCCUCACUAGGGUGUCUCCGCCCACCAGACACCAACCCUAACCCAUAGACACUAACCUAUAGCCACAUGUGUCAGACACAAGCAUUUUUAUGUGGCCCGCGAGAGAAAUAUAAAAAAUAUAGACCCGCUGGCCGAUUUUACCGCAAAGACUACAACUCCUAUGAUGCUAUGCGGCAUUAGUGUGGAGCAUCAUGUGGAGCCUUAGCGCCCCUUCUGUGUUUUUUCUAGCGUCUGCUGCCGGUGUCGGCACAGGACAGGAUCUGCUCGGGGUCCUCCGACUGCCGAUGACGUCACAUUACUGCAAAUCUACUCGGCUUUCACACAUAAGUUUGGAAAGACAUCAGCAGUUUUGUCAAUAAAUUAUUGUUUGUUAACACCUAAAUGUUUUCUUUUUAAUUGUAAUUUGUUAAUAAAACACCAUAUUAUCUUUGUUUUGUAAAGAAUGUGAAACUGCAUAAAACCGACAUCGGACUGACAAAAAAAAUAGAACAGUUCUUAUAGGUGAAGCCAUAUCUGUUUGUAUUCAUGUGGAGUUCGUCUGUAUAUUUCCUUAGUUGUUAUCUAAAUACAUUCUUUUACUCAA